AUCGCCUGCAGAAAAAAAUAAAUUAAAAAUUAUGUUGCUGACAAAUCGGUUGCAGAGUAAGCAAAACAAAAUGUGGAUUUUCAAUUGUACAAUCGUCUGUAGACAAAAUAGAGCAAACGUGAAAAAAUUAUGGUAGAUCAGAGGAGAAAAAUAGGUGAAUUAUGUAAAUAUUGGUAGUCAAUCGGCUGCAGAGAUAAAAGACAGCAAAUUGCGGAAAUAUUGAUGUAAAGAUUUCUAAAAUAUUGAUAAUUCGUCGGCAAAAUAGUCAAAAGAGUAUUAAUUAUUCGUUGGAGUAACAAAAGACAGCAAAUUGUGAAGAUUUUUUUUGUAAAUAUUGAUGACAAAUCGGCUGAAGACAAAAAUUAGUCCUGCUCACCCCUAACCUAUCGAAAGAAUUGCAGGGGAAUGGAAAAACAGAAUGAACUGUAAAAAUAUCGAUGUGAACAUUCAUAGCUUCAGAAAACACACGGUAUAUUAUGAAAAUUUGGACGCUAAUAUUGGCAAUAAAACAAAAUGUGAAAAACUGGUUGUAAAUAUUGAAAAUAAAUGGCAUGCAGGAAAAUCAUUACAAAUUAUGAAAAACUUAUGUGAACACUUGUGAUAUAUCUGCUGCUCAAAUUGUGAUUUUUUUUUGGAUGUACACAUUGACUAUCUGCCGGUUGGCAGAAAAAAACAGGGAGCAAGUUCUGAGUGAAGUAAAUUAUAAAAAUAUCGAUGUCAAUAUUGAGCAAAUAAAUAGGCCAUUUUUGGGGUGAAAUCAAAUAGGAAUUCAAAGAGCUUUUCUUAUGUGAACAUCGUCAAACAAAUAGUGAAAAAAUUAAUUCUCUAGAAGACACCUCACUGAAAGUGUUGGAUUAAGAACGGAAAGUAGUUAUCCAAAAAUAUCGUGCAAGUGGAGAGAUCUGAAACAUCAAAAACAAAUUCUUCUAAGCAAUUCAAUCCAGGACAAUCUAGCACAAUUUUACACUGCAAAUAAGCUAAGCCCAAAUCGAAGUGAAAAGUUCAAUUUGGACUGCAGAAUCAUAAAACAAAAUCACGUUCAGGUAUGCUCGGCAAGAAAAUUGUUUUAAUCAUUCGUUCCAGAUAUUGCUAAAAAAACUGUGAAGCCACACACGCACACAUACACGAAAAAGAAAAAUAUAUAUUGAUGCUUUUGGGGAAGAAUUUGCAAAAGUAAGUGUAAGCAUAUGUUAAUGGAUUAGAAUAAUGAAAUACUAAGGUCAAGGGUUGGUCUUGAAACUGGAUUGUUGCAAAGAAUCUCUUUAAACACAAAUAUUUGGCAGAAACAACAACAGAAGCAAAAGCUGUUCUAUGAACGAAGUAAAAUAAAUCGUGAAAAGAUCGUCUUGGGGAAUGUAACUAUGGAAAAGUAUAAUUUGAGUUUCAGGUCUUUUCAUCUUCUUAGCCUCGGCUAUUCUCCUUAUAACAUUAUUAGACCGAGUCUUAGAGAUAUUCUUCAGAUUGGCAGAUGACUAAUUCUUCCGAUUCUACAGGGCUGAUCUGGAGCUGGAUUGUGUAAAGAACCACUCUACGUGAAUUUUGACAUACUGACGCAAAACACGAUUCUCUGAUCAAGGUGAAAUAAAUAAUGAUGCAAAUGAUCAUCUCAUAGAGCAUAUAUUUACGAGAUUAAAGCAUCAGAAAGGAGGAGAGAUGCUGAAAUCAUGAAAAAUUGAUCCAUUGGUUACAUUUGUAAUACUGAGAUAAAAUCAACCACGGCCAAGGAAGAACCUAGAUUUUUGCAAAACAUUUGGAUCCGAAACUGGCAUUCAGACAUUCAAUUUUCAAAAUUCAAAGCAAUCCAUGCAUUGUAGCUAGAAUAUUGUGCCUUAAAGCUGCCAAUUUCAGAGUCUAGCCAGAACUAAGUGCAGAUUAUUUGCAAUUGAAAUUAGAGGUUUACAAAUAUGCCCCAAAAUGCAAGAAACAAAAGAAAGCUCAACUGGAGCAAGCUCUAUUCUUUCAAAAAUUGUUUAAAAAGUUCAAAAGAAUCCUAUCCUCCUCAACUUCUAGAAGGUCCUGGUUUCUCUCGUGUUGUUUACUGCAACAAUCCAGACCUACACAGGAAAAAGCCUCUCAAGUACCCUUCAAACUAUGUCUCUACCACUAAAUAUACUGUUAUUUCCUUUCUGCCAAAAGCUCUUUUUGAACAGUUCCGGAGAGUUGCAAAUCUUUAUUUUCUUUUUGCUGCCGCACUCUCAGUCACACCAUCAUUGAGUCCAGUUUCACCUAUAAGUACAAUUGCUCCUCUGGCAUUUGUGGUUGGAUUGAGUAUGCUAAAGGAGGGCAUCGAAGACUUUCGCAGGUUUCUACAGGACAAGAAGGUUAACUCUAGAAAGGUGAAGACAAGGAAAGAGAAUGGAUCCUUUGAUUUGAAACCAUGGGAAAAGGUUCAAGUUGGAGAGGUGGUGAAGAUCGAGAAAGAUGAAUUCUUUCCAGCUGAUUUACUAUUGUUGUCAUCCAGCUAUGAUGAUGGAAUCUGUUAUGUUGAGACCAUGAAUCUAGAUGGAGAAACAAAUUUGAAGGUCAAGCGAUGUUUGGAAUUCACUCUUGGCCUGGAUAAAGAGAAUGAAUUUGACCACUUCAAUGCAGUUAUAAAAUGUGAAGAUCCUAACCCAAGUCUCUACACUUUUGUGGGCAAUUUAGAAUUCCAUGAUCAGGUUUAUGCCCUUGGCCCUGAACAGGUGCUUCUUAGAGAUUCAAAACUCAGGAAUACUCAAUACAUUUAUGGUGUUGUGAUUUUCAGUGGUUUUGACACCAAAGUGACGAAAAAUUCUACACAGUCUCCCUCCAAGAGAAGUCGCAUUGAGCAUAAAAUUGAUCGUAUAAUAUAUCUCCUCUUCACAGUGCUUCUCUUAAUCUCUUUGAUCACUGCUUUGGGUUUUUCUUUGUUGACAAAAUUUGAAAUGCUUGACUGGGAGUAUCUAGAGCCAGAAAAUACUUCAUCUUUCUUUGAUCCAAAGAACUCCACAAGGUCUGGUCUUCUUAUGCUGAUAACUUCUCUUAUACUCUAUGGAUAUCUUAUCCCUAUAUCACUGUAUGUUUCCCUAGAAAUUGUAAAAGUGCUGCAGGCAGUGUUCAUCAACCAAGACAUUCAAAUGUAUGAUGAAGGAACAAGCAGCGCUGCACAAGCUCGAACAUCAAAUCUGAAUGAGGAGCUUGGUCAAAUAGAUACUAUCCUUUCAGACAAAACAGGAACACUUACCUGCAACCAAAUGGAUUUCCUCAAGUGUUCUAUAGCUGGAACUUCUUAUGGCGAUGGAGCCACUGAUAUUGAAAUUGCUGCAGUAAAGCGGAUAGAAAGCAAGAGAGAGAAUCCUUCAGAUAUAUCAGAUUCAUCAAGAAUCGACCCAAAUAUCCUAAGUUCUAAGUCUAAGAGUUUCUCAACUGGCACCUCAGAAUUUAACUAUUCAAAUAUUAACGCAACAAGCAUAGAAUUAUCUCAAGUCCAUGUUGAAAGCAAAAGUCUGGAUGCUUCUGACAUUGGAGUGUUGACUGGUGGUACAGACUGGACCCAAAAGGACAAGCAACAUGGCAUCAAGGGCUUCAACUUCAAUGACCAACGUCUCAUGAAUGGACAAUGGAUGAAUGGGCUACACGAGGAUAUGAAAUUAAUGUUCUUUCGCAUAUUAGCAGUAUGCCAUACAGUUGUUCCAGAGAAAGAUGAAGAAAGUGGUAAAAUCAAAUAUGAAGCAGAGUCUCCUGAUGAGGCAGCUUUUGUGAUAGCUGCUAGGGAAUUUGGAUUUGAAUUCUUUCAACGAACGCAAUCCACAGUGUCUGUAAUAGAGUUGGAUCCUUCUUCUGAAAGAAAGGUGCAAAGGGGAUACAAAUUACUCAAUCUCCUGGAAUUCAAUAGCACUCGCAAACGAAUGUCUGUCAUAGUUAGUGAUGAGGAAGGGCAGAUAUUUCUUCUGUGCAAAGGUGCAGACAGUGUAAUCUUUGAUCGGUUAGGGGAGAAUGGCAGACAGUAUGAAAAUGCCACUAGAACUCAUCUUGCCAAAUAUAGUGAAGAAGGAUUGCGAACACUUGCAUUUGCAUACCGAAAACUUGAAACAACUGAAUAUUUGGAAUGGAAUGCUGUAUUUACAAAGGCUAAAACAACAGUUGGGGCUGGAAGAGAGGCCUUAUUGGACAGUGCAUCUGAUUUAAUAGAAAAAGAUUUGGUUCUUAUUGGUGCUACAGCAGUUGAAGACAAGUUGCAGAAAGGGGUUCCAGGCUGCAUAGAUAAACUCGCACAAGCAGGCAUCAAGAUUUGGGUGCUAACUGGUGAUAAAGAGGAGACUGCAAUUAACAUAGGAUUUGCAUGCAGUUUGCUUCGGCAAGGAAUGAAACAAAUUUCUCUUUGUAUUAGAAAGAUAGACGAAUUCCAAGACCAAGAUGAUGUUAACAAGGCUUACAAAGAAGAUAUUCUAAGCAAAAUUCAAAAUGGUUUUGAAAUUGUAAGGCUAGAAUCAAAUAUUGAUGCUGCAUUUGCCUUGAUAAUUGAUGGAAAAUCACUGGCAUAUGCUUUGGAGGAUGACAUUAAAUAUAAAUUUCUGCAACUGGCCACAAACUGUGCAUCUGUCAUAUGCUGCCGAGUGUCUCCAAAACAAAAAGCUUUGGUUACAAAGCUUGUCAAAGAGAGCACUGGUAAAACCACACUUGCCAUUGGUGAUGGUGCAAAUGAUGUUGGAAUGAUUCAAGAAGCAGAUGUUGGUGUUGGUAUCAGUGGUGUGGAGGGAAUGCAGGCAGUCAUGGCUAGUGACUUUUCUAUUGCACAAUUCUGCUUUUUGGAGAGACUGCUAAUAGUCCAUGGGCACUGGUGCUACAAGAGGAUUGCAAAGAUGGUCUGCUAUUUUUUCUACAAAAAUGUAGCCUUUGGCCUCACACUUUUCUACUAUGAAACAUAUACAAGCUUCUCUGGACUUCCUAUAUAUGAUGACUGGUAUAUGACACUCUUCAAUGUUCUACUCACAUCUUUGCCAGUCAUAUCUUUGGGAGUAUUUGAGCAAGAUGUUCCAUCUGAAGUAUGUUUACAGUUUCCUGCUCUGUAUCAGCAGGGUCCUCGCAACAUUUUCUUCAGCUGGUCUCGUAUCAUUGGUUGGAUGGCAAAUGGAGUAUACACAUCUCUAAUAACAUUUUUUCUCAAUAUAUACAUCUACUAUGCUCAGGCAUUCCGUGCUCAAGGUGCCACAUCAGAUCCCUCAAACAUUGGAGCCACCAUGUACACAUGUAUCAUCUGGGCUGUCAAUUGCCAGAUUGCACUGCUAAUAGCCCACUUCACAUGGAUCCAACACCUAUUCAUCUGGGGUAGUAUAUUUACCUGGUAUGCAUUUUUAUAUGUAUAUGGAACUCUACCACCCACCGUGUCAAAUAAAGCAUUCCACGUCCUGACUGAUAUACUGGGGCCUGCCCCUAUUUAUUGGUUCAUUACACUCCUUGUAACCAUAACCUCUGUGCUUCCAUACUUUACGCACAUUACUUUACAAAGGAUGAUUAACCCUUUGGAUGAUCAUGUUAUUCAAGAGAUUAAGCAUUUCAAAAAGGAUAUUGAAGAUACAGAGAUGUGGUCUAGAGAACAAGAAAAGGCCAAGCAAAAGACUAAGGUUGGAUUUUCAGCUAGAGUAGAUGCUAAGAUCAAACAAUGGAAGGGACAGAUAGAUCACAAACGUAAGGCAAUUUAUAAUUCUGUUACAGACACCCCUUUAUUUUCUGGCACUAGUCCAUUUCGUACUAGGUUUUUUGGAAAGACAGGCUCAGUGUCAUAGCUACAAAAUUGGCUUGAAAUGCAUCCCUGAAUUGGGCUCCAUGCAUUUUUUUUGUGCCAGAUCAGCUCUAAAUUAUUUGAUGUUUAGCAUAAAUUCAUUUUAGAAUUAUUCUUUACUAGUAGAGUGCAACUGUUAUUCCGAAGGGCAGCAGCAUUGCAACUGUAUUAUUUGGGGUUCUAUAUGCAUAAUUGUGUGCUUGAGGACUCCUGUGAUAAAGAUUCGUACAUAAGAUUAAGUAAUGAAAGGUUACUAUCAUUUUCAUAGAAGAUACGAAACAAAUGUACACCCGACCAAUUAAUGUGGAAGAGAACUCAUGACUGUUUUCAA